UCCGUCGCCGCCACUCCCUAAACAUCACCAACAAACCUGCAGGCGCUCCAACUCCUGCCACCGCCACCGCCACCGCCAACUCCCUCCGCGCCGCCUCUGACGGGUCGCCGCAGCUGCGGAGCGCGCGCUAGAGGGAGAGAUGGGGGGCGGCAGGAAGCGCGGGCGCUCGCAGCGUCGUCACUUCAAGCAGGAGCGCGAGAACGUCUGGAAGGACAACCCCAGGCGCCCUCCCGCCUCCGCCGGCGAAGGAGGCGAGGGCAACGGCUGGCAGCCCUUCGCCACGGAGAACCUGGCCUUCGAGGCUUACUACAAGGGGCAGCAAAUUGUUCCUGAGGAAGAGUGGGAUGCCUUCAUGAGCAUGCUCCGGAAGCCAUUGCCAGCCGCUUUUAGGAUUAAUGCGAGCUGUCAGUUUUUUAAAGACAUUUGUUCACAAUUAGAAAAUGACUUCAGGAAGUCGUUAGAGACUGAGGUCAGUGAUGACCAUGAAAAAGAGGCUAUUCGGCCUUUGCCUUGGUACCCUGGCAAUCUUGCAUGGCAUUUGAACUUUUCUCGGAUGCAACUGAGGAGAAACCAGGCACUUGAGAGUUUCCAUGAAUUCUUGAAGCAAGAGAAUGAAGUUGGUAAUAUUACCAGGCAGGAGGCUGUCAGCAUGGUCCCACCUUUGUUUCUGAACGUGCAACCUGACCAUCAUAUUCUUGACAUGUGUGCCGCUCCAGGGUCUAAAACUUUCCAGUUACUUGAGAUGAUCCACCAGUCAACAAAGCCUGGAGUGCUUCCAACUGCCAUGGUGGUAGCUAAUGAUGUCGAUGUGCAAAGAUGUAACCUUCUUAUUCAUCAGACGAAGAGAAUGUGCACAGCCAACCUGGUAGUGACAAAUCAUGAAGCACAAAAUUUUCCUGGCUGUAGUGUUGCAAAGUUCUGUCCAGAAGCAUGCGUAGACGAGUCCAAGCUGCAGAGGUUGGAAUUUGAUCGUAUACUGUGUGAUGUGCCCUGUAGUGGUGAUGGAACUGUCCGUAAGGCUCCUGAUAUGUGGAGAACAUGGAAUAUUGGCAUGGGUAAUGGACUUCAUCGUCUCCAAGUGGAAAUAGCUAUGCGUGGCAUUGCAUUGCUUAAAGUGGGCGGAAGGAUGGUCUACUCAACAUGCUCAAUGAAUCCUGUUGAAAAUGAAGCUGUUGUUGGUGAGAUUCUGCGGAGAUGUGGGGAUUCUGUUGAACUCCUUGAUGUUUCUAAUGAGCUACCUGAAUUGAUCCGCCGUCCUGGACUUAGGACCUGGAAGGUACGGGAUAGAGCGUCUUGGUUGGGCAGUCAUAAAGAUGUACUUCACUACAGGAAGAAUGUGAUAUUGCCAAGUAUGUUCCCCUCGGGUAAAGGUAGCAUGGAUAGCUGUACGGCGGGUGGCAGUGUUGAGGUCAGCAUAGAUGCAGUUGAUGCAGAUAUGAAUGAGUCAGGGGAUAUGGUAGAGGGAAAACAAGAAACGAAAAUAGCAAUUGAUGACAGCAAGAACGGCGACAAUGCCAAUACUGAAGAGAUAAAACAAGGUGAAUCUGAGUCUGUUAAACUUUCAAGGGGCUCAGAUGAGAAAACAGAUUCAGCCUCCAUUGUUACAGAGCAUUCAAAUUUACCGCUACAUCGUUGCAUGAGAAUUAUUCCUCAUGACCAAAACAGUGGAGCAUUUUUUAUAGCAGUCCUUCAGAAACUCUCUCCGCUGAAUGAGAGUCAGGUGGUAGAAGCGAUGAAAGGUGAGCGCAGUACCUCGAAAGACAAGACUUUAAAAUGUUCUAAUGGUCAGGGGUCAGAUAAGGUGCCGGCUGAAGAAAUUUCAGUUCAGCAGCCAGGGGUUGAUGACAGCCAUGAUCUCGUUGAGCAACAAAACAGAGACAUGGAUACUGAAAUUUCAAAAGAUAAAAGCUCUGAGGAAGCUAAGGUGAUUGCUAGUGAGGUGCAAAAUGAUCAAGCGACAAGGAGGGAUAAGAGAAAGACCCAGAACCAAGGCAGAUGGAGAGGGGUUGAUCCUGUGAUAUUUUUCAAAGACGAAGCGACAAUCAGAAGCAUAAUAUCCUACUAUGGCAUCAAGGAUUCUUUUACCCUUGAAGGCCAUCUUGUGACUAGGAACCCUGAUACUAAUCAUGUUAAAAGAAUAUACUAUGUCUCAAAAUCAGUUAAAGAAGUUUUGGACCUCAAUGUGAAAGUUGGCGAGCGGCUGAAAAUCACCUCACUUGGCUUAAAGAUAUUUGAAAGGCAGUCGUCAAAGGAGGGUUCGCCAUGCACAUUUAGGUUGUCAUCCGAGGGAUUGCCUCUGCUGCUUCCUUACAUCACCAAACAGAUUCUAUAUGCAUCUGCAAUAGACUUUCAGCACCUCUUACAGUACAGAAUCAUUAAAUUCCCUGAUUUUGUGGAUGCAAAAUUCGGUGAGCAAGCUGCAGCUUUGCUACAAGGUUGCUGCAUCGUAAUAUUACGUGAAGGGCAUGAGGAUCUAGAGUCCAUAGGCAUGGAUCCCUCUGCAAUUGCCAUUGUUUGUUGGAAAGGAAAGACCAAUCUGUGCGUCAUGGUCACUCCCAUGGAUGGGAGGGAGCUGCUUGAAAGGAUCUCAUUUCGUUUCGGGCUCAAAAUCCCAAAAAUCGACGAUGGGAAGCCCGACCUGAAGAGUGAUGAUGGAUCAGACGAGCAGCCUGAUGGUGGCGCCGAGACGGUUGAUCCAGAAUGCGUGCCUGAGAGCAAAGCACCAGAAGACAUGGAUAUCACAGACGUCAAGGACGCUGAGUAGCUCGGUUUGACACCAUGCGAGGAAGCAUGUCAUGUCUGGUUAUGAUGAUGCAUCAGAGCCCCGCUACCUGGCUUACGAGUUGAUGGUUGCUAUAGUGGGAGAGUUGUUGCCAUUCCUUGGUUCUUCCUGUAGUAAUUCUAUCCUAUUCCUUUGCCAUGAAAACCACACCGCAUACAUGGUGCCAGACUGCUAGCUGCUGCUCCCGUGUAACGUACUAUCAGUUUGUUUUUGGUGUGAUGUUGGCACACGACUGUCGAACGGAACUGGGAACAUGAAUGCGGAGAAUUCUAAUUUGUUUUGAGAUAUUUUGAUUGA